GGAUCACUCUAGUCGCCAGAGGCGCGCUCACGCUCAACAUUGCGCGCUACCGAGGGUGACCCAACGUCUCCGACUAUGCACCGUCUCCCGGAGACCGCAGCCUUUCGUCCGGCCCGCAUUCCCCUGCUGUGUCGCUGAGCUACGAGCUAUGCCAUCAUAUCGGUCUCCCUGUCCGAGCCCUACACAGAACCACGCAGGAUGUAUUUUAACAGGCGAUCGAAGAAGAUCCACAGCGAGGGAGAGCAGUUAGUGUUGACCCCUCUUAGCCAGGAGUCCCCCCAGCACGAGCUCCCGAGCCAGCCCCUGACCCCGGACCAGCCCACGGCCACGGGCUCCACCAUGCGCUCCCGUCUGGUCGACACGUUUGACAAAACCUCGCCUCUCUCCCAUCAAUCGAACGGUGCAGGACCUGCUUGCUCGUCCGCCGGUUACCGCAAGGCAGACGAUGAGAUGUCCGGGACCACUUCACAGGCUGACCCCAUAGACGCCACAGCGAGGAUUGUCCUCCUCAACCACCCCCAGACCACAAAGUUCUGCGACAACCAUGUCAGCACGACCAAAUAUGGGAUCCUCACCUUCCUGCCGCGGUUCCUGUACGAGCAGAUCAGGCGGGCGGCCAACGCCUUCUUCCUCUUCAUUGCACUGAUGCAGCAAAUCCCUGAUGUGUCUCCCACGGGACGCUACACCACGCUGGUGCCCCUCAUCUUUAUCCUCACAGUGGCCGGGAUCAAAGAGAUCAUCGAGGACUAUAAGAGACACAAAGCAGACAACACAGUGAACAAGAAAAAGACAACAGUGCUGCGUAAUGGCUCCUGGCAAACAGUCAUAUGGAAACAGGUGGCAGUUGGGGACAUAGUGAAGGUGACCAAUGGCCAGCAUCUCCCAGCUGACAUGGUCAUAGUGUCCUCCAGUGAGCCCCAAGCCAUGUGCUACAUAGAGACCUCCAACCUGGAUGGAGAAACUAACCUGAAGAUCCGACAGGGGCUGUCCCUGACGGCAGCACUGCAGUCCCUGGAGGAGCUGAUGUCUCUGUCGGGCCGUCUGGAGUGUGAGGGACCCAACAGGCAUCUCUAUGACUUCACCGGCACGCUGCGCCUGGACAACCUGAACCCAGCUCCUCUUGGUCCAGACCAGGUGUUGUUGCGUGGAGCCCAGCUCAGAAACACCCAAUGGGUUGUGGGUAUUGUAGUCUACACCGGGCACGACUCUAAAUUAAUGCAGAACUCGACCAAGGCGCCCCUGAAGCGCUCCAACGUGGAGCGGGUGACCAACAUGCAGAUCCUCGUGCUCUUCUGCAUCCUGCUGGUCAUGGCCAUCAUCAGCUCGGUCGGUGCCGCCAUCUGGAACAAGCAGCACACCGAGGAGGCCUGCUGGUACCUCUCCCGCGCAGGUGACAUAUCGUACAACUUCUGGUACAACCUCCUGACCUUCAUCAUCCUUUACAACAACCUGAUUCCCAUCAGUCUUCUGGUCACUCUCGAGGUGGUCAAGUUCACACAGGCGCUCUUCAUCAACUGGGAUGUUGAGAUGUAUUACGCAGAAACAGACACCCCGGCUAUGGCUCGAACGUCCAAUCUGAAUGAAGAACUCGGACAGGUGAAGUACCUCUUCUCAGAUAAGACAGGAACGCUCACCUGUAAUGUCAUGCACUUCAAGAAGUGCACCAUUGCUGGCAUCACAUAUGGGCAUUUUCCGGACUUGGAAUGUGAUCGAUCUAUGGAGGACUUCAGUCAUCUGCCCUCCAGCAGUAAUAACUCCACGGAGUUUGAUGACCCCACUCUGAUUCAGAACAUCGAUAAGAACCACCCGACAUCUCCACAGAUCUGCGAGUUCUUGACCAUGAUGGCUGUGUGUCACACCGUGGUUCCUGAGCGGGAGGGAAACCAGAUCAUCUACCAGGCAUCCUCACCAGAUGAGGGAGCUCUGGUCAAAGGAGCCAAAGGCCUGGGCUUUGUCUUCACUGCUAGGACCCCAGACUCUGUCAUCAUUGAAGCGAGGGGGAAAGAGAAGAGCUUUGAGCUCCUGAAUGUGUUAGAGUUUUCAAGUAACCGCAAGCGCAUGUCAGUGGUGGUGAGGACUUCCAAUGGGAAGCUACGGCUCUACUGCAAGGGAGCAGACAAUGUGAUCUUUGAGCGCCUAGCUGAGGUGUCCCAGUACAAAGAGCAGACUGUGGCUCAUCUGGAGCAGUUUGCCACUGAGGGUCUGCGGACGCUCUGCUUCGCCUUUGUGGACCUGGAGGAGGCGGCGUACCAGGAGUGGCUCAAGGAGUACACCCGGAUCAGCACCGUGCUCAAGGACCGGGCCCAGAAGCUCGAGGAGUGCUACGAGCUCCUGGAGAAGAACCUGCAGUUGCUGGGGGCUACAGCCAUAGAGGACCGGCUGCAGGCGGGGGUCCCUGAGACCAUUGCUACACUGAUGAAGGCCGAAAUCAAGAUCUGGGUCCUGACCGGAGACAAACAGGAAACUGCCAUCAAUAUCGGUUACUCCUGUCGCCUGGUGACCCAUGGUAUGUCCCUGAUCAUCGUCAACGAAGAUUCACUGGAUGCUACUCGCGCCACACUGACGGCCCACUGUUCGUCUCUGGGGGACUCUCUGGGAAAGGAGAACGAGCUGGCGCUCAUCAUCGACGGACAGACGCUCAAGUACGCCCUCUCCUUUGAGGUGCGCCAGGUCUUCCUGGACCUGGCGCUGUCCUGCAAGGCGGUCAUCUGCUGCAGGGUAUCUCCUCUGCAGAAGUCUGAGAUUGUGGACAUGGUGAAGCGGCACGUGAAGGCGAUCACGUUGGCCAUCGGCGACGGUGCCAACGACGUAGGCAUGAUCCAGACAGCUCACGUGGGAGUCGGCAUCAGCGGCAAUGAGGGCAUGCAGGCAACCAACUCGUCAGACUACUCCAUCGCACAGUUCUCGUACCUGGAGAAGCUGUUGCUGGUUCACGGAGCCUGGAGUUACAACCGCGUCACUAAAUGCAUCCUGUACUGUUUCUAUAAGAAUGUGGUGCUGUAUAUUAUCGAGCUCUGGUUUGCCUUUGUGAACGGCUUCUCUGGGCAGAUCCUGUUUGAACGCUGGUGUAUUGGCCUCUAUAAUGUGAUCUUCACAGCGUUGCCUCCCUUUACUCUGGGAAUCGUUGACCGGCCAUGCAGUCAGCAGAAUAUGCUGCGCUUUCCCCAGCUCUACCGUAUCACUCAGAACGCAGAGGGCUUUAACACCAAGGUGUUUUGGGGUCACUGCAUAAACGCACUCAUCCACUCAAUCAUUCUCUUCUGGUUUCCUCUGAAAGUACUGGAACACGACACUCCAUUUGAGAAUGGCAACAGUGUUGACUACCUGUUCGUGGGAAAUAUUGUUUAUACGUAUGUGGUGGUAACUGUUUGUCUGAAAGCUGGAAUGGAGACCACUGCUUGGACCAAGUUCUCUCACCUGGCUGUGUGGGGCAGUAUGGUGCUCUGGAUGCUCUUCUUCACCGUCUAUUCCGCCAUCUGGCCCUCAAUACCCAUAGCUCCAGAUAUGCUGGGUCAGGCAGGUCGGGUGAUGCAGUGCUGGAGCUUCUGGCUGGGCCUGGUCCUGGUGCCCACCGCCUGUCUGCUCAAAGACAUAGCAUGGAACGCCGGUAGGCGUACGGUGAGGAAGUCUCUUCUGGAGGAGGUCCAGGAGUUGGAGGCGAGGGCUGUGGACCCUGGUGCGGCCGUCCUGAGAGAUGCCAGCGGACGAAGCCCAGCUGCUGAACCAUCUAAGGCUGAGCUCCCAUAGACUUAGAGCUCAAGAUGCUCAGGUAGCGCCUGGGUUUGAUGUGUGUGUGAAUAUGUGUGUGUGUGUGUUUCCAUCCCUUGUUUGUUUACACUUUCAUCAUCUCAUGGCAUUUGUUUGUUUUCUCCUUUUUCUGCACCUCUCCCUCUCUCCCCCCAGUAAGACGGCCAUGAAUGGAGGCUGGCAUGGCCUUGAGGACAGGGUGUGUGGUUUGCCACCUGUGAUCUGUGUAGCAUUAGCCACCCUAGCGCCGACUGUGUUUAAUAUGUGUGUACUUGUGACCGUGAAGUGUUAGUAAUUAGCAUUGCGAUGGACUAGAUGCAGGCGUCAUGGCUGGAAUGUGAAUAUCCCUUCAGUUACUGCCCUGUGAUUUCCACUUCAGCUCCCACUAUCACUGAACUGAGCUGAGCUGAGGAAAACCUAGACCAGGAGCAGCUAGCGCGCUAGCACACUCCCAUUGACUUCUACUCCCAUUGACUUGGGAAAGAACUGGAGCUCUGUGAAGUCUAAUCACACAGUAGUCACUAACUUCAGGAGGAUUCAGAUCCCUGCUUUGUUACUCAUCAAAGGUCAACCAUCGCCUUUGGCGGGCGGUGUGGGACUGGGCGAUGGGAACUGGGGCUGGCAGUGUGUAUGUUUGGAAGGUCUGGAAGUGUUCAUGUUUAGGCACUGAGGUGGGUUGUUCCUGUAAGAUCCAAACAGUUGGGGGAGGGAGCAGUGUGUGUGUGUGUGUGUGUGUGUGUGAGCGAGUGAAGGGGUCGCGGCAUGCAGCAGUUGGCACGGGACGAGCGGGAAAGCGAAGGUUGGCAGUGCAGCUCUCUGCUGGAGCCCAGUGAUGUGGGCGCCCUCGGGCGAAACAGCGUGGAGCGUGGGCACGGCAUCGGGCGUGAGUCGGCCAGCUGCAGAACAGAGAGCAUGCAAGCCAGCCGGUCUUUUUGUGGGUAGAUCAGUACACAAGGGUGUGUGUGUGUGUGUGUGUGUGUGUGUGCAGGUUACACUAUGGCGCCACAGUCUGCUAAACAACUCAGAUUGAUAACACUCUUGAGAAAGAAGAGGGAUUCUUUUGAUUGGAAUUGGCCUAGUAGAGCUCGGAGUGGAUCGAGCUAGGUCCACUUCAUGGUAGAUGGAACCGAUACCUCUGGUUCUGCAUUCCUCCUGUAGGGCGGUUCUCUCCGAUCCCUGAUGCAAUCAGAGCAAAGGCCUCACCUCUGGGACUAAAAGAGAGGCAGAGGAAGUGGUGGAGGAAGAAGAGGGAGAUGACCAAAAAAUAUCCCCUCCUCACCUCUAAGGUCAUGUGACCGAGCUGGCUCGCCUCACUGGCAGGAAGAGACCCUGCAGGGCUGACCAGGCGGAGCUCAUACUCCCGUUAUGAACGGGGACUCGUCGCUCUGCGUCCAUUAUUGAAUCAUCUGUUCAUUCAUCAUCUCCUCGGUCCAAUCGCUCAUCUGUUUAGCAGACACUGUUUUCUUUGGCAGAGAGGAGUCUCUCUUUCUCUCUUUCUUUCUCUUUCUCCCCCUUGUAUGUAGCUCUUGUUCUUCUCCCCCUCUUUCUCUCCAUCUAUAUCUCUGUCUUUUUUCCAGCUCUUUUUAAACAUCCUUUUGCUUUCUUUCAUUCUUUCUUUCUCUCUCUCUCUCUCUGGCGCAGUCAUAUUGGACAACCUUUCUACGAGUUGGGCCAAACAUCGGUCCGUCCGCCCAACGAUAACAUUACAGUUGUUCCCCCAUUGUGCAACUGGAGCCGAUGGGCCUAGCCUUGGGAAGGCAGACUGAUAUCCGUAAAGUGACUGGAAAUCAGAUCAUGCAAGGCUUUAUGGGCAUGAUGAGGAAAGGGAGGGGGGGGGGAGUUUUUGAUUUUUUUAUUUUUUUUUUCAUGUGAUUUAAGAGCAGACGCCUAAACGAGAUGUCACUAGAGGCCAACUUGGUCUUCUCCCCUGGCUCGUUAGGGGUGGAAUAGACAGGAAGAUGAUAUGAGCUUAAUCCUGUGGAAAGCAGCUCAGUGGUAGCCUGACGAGCCAGACCCACAUUAAAAUGUAGGGUCUGGGCACUCACCGUUCGCAGUGCUCAGUCGAGGGGGGGGAUGUCGGUUGUCUU